GAUAAGCCCGUGGACUGGCUUUUGGAGCAUUUGAUACAAACAAAGUUGUGUCGAUUCGACAGAGAUCUCAAAGACUGUAAGCGCCAGAAGGAGUUGGUUUGGCUCCACCACAAGCCCUCACUCUUUCAACACAUUGGCACCCAUUCUAGCCUUAAGGGCAAAGUCCAGAAACUAAGGGACCGGGCGUUCGGCAAAUUGUCGUUAUAUUAUUCACAUAAAGACAACCCGAUGGCCGUCGUGUCCACUACAUUGAAACCCUAUAAGAGCCAUACGAUAGAGGGCUGCUAUUUCGGGGAGACUUACUUCUGGGGAAUGACACCCAAAACCGGCGAUAAUAUCACGUUUACCUUCAAUCCUCCCAUUCCUCUCGAAAGGUAUUUCAUCCGCACCGGCAAUAGUGAACAUCCAGAGGACAAACUGACGGACGGGUCGGUAGAGAUAUUGCCACUGAAUAGAGUGACGCGAAUACCGAGCCAUUUGUCCGUCACAUCUGACGGCUAUUUCGUGAUCGGAGGCUUCAAAAUAAUGAAGGGAAUGGCCAAUGGGUUCGUACCGCACGUUCUCAGUCCUGUCAAACAGCUGAGGAUCAGUAUUACCGCAGACUCUGAUCGAUGGCUUAUUAUUAAUGAGGUA